AUGCGUGACUUUGCUUUUUACAAUUUAAAAUGGCUGGAAAAAUAUGAUAAUUGGAGUUACAAAUUGGGAGUUAGAGGAACUUCAGAUCAUGGAGCAUUAUUUGGAGGAGUUAAUCAAAAUGACAAGCCAAAGAAUAUUACUUUUAGAUAUCAACCAGUUUGGACUACUCAUCCUAAUUUUCGAAGUGCUAUACAAGAUUCAUGGGAAGAAGAAUGUGAUGGAAAUCCAGCAUUCUGUUUUAUCAUUAAAUUGAAAAGUUACUGCAAGGGGAUGCAUGAAUUGGCUUCUCAGCAAUAUAAUGAGUUACUGAGAAUUAAAUCAAGAGUUAAGUGGGUAAAGGAGGGUGGAGAAAAUACUGCUUUCUUCCAUGCAAACUAUAGAAUUAGAAAAGCACAGAACAACAUAAAUGAAUUGGAGAAUGCAGAUGACAAUCUAGUUACAACUCAAGACCAAAUUGCUGAUACUCUUGUAUCAUAUUAUCAGAAGAAGUUUGAAGAGAAGCAAGUUGAUUUUGUUCAAGAGGAAAUUAGGGAUGCAGUUUUAGGAAUGGAGGCAAAUAGUGCUCUUGGGCCAGAUGGCUUCCCUGGCAGUUUCUAUGGAUUUGCAUGA